AUGUCGAUGUCUGAGGCGUCAGAGGCUCAACCUGGCUGGCGAAUUCCUCGCGCAUGCGAGGAAUGCCGUAAGCGUAAAAUCAAGUGCAAUGGCUUGACACCAUGCAAAACUUGCCAAUUGCGCAACACCCCUUGUACAUAUAGAGAUUACAUUCGUCAUCGACGGAAGAAAUUUGAAUAUGAGGGAUCGAAAGGGAGUCCUGUUCGUCAAUCUUCACCGGGACUCCCACCGGGACGUCGUACAACUCCUGUGAUGAACGACUUCCCAAACAGUGUUUCUGCCACGCACAUGGCGUCGCCAUCAUGUCAGAUGCAGCUGUACUAUGGCCCUACAUCGCAUUUCUCUCUUAUGCAGCAUAUCUACCGAGAUCUCAUUUCCAACCCCACUGCCCAGCCUGAGCCUUCCGGUGGGGUCGAGGAAGCUGGGGCAGGCUUGGACCUAUUUAGCUUUCGUCGUAUCUUUUUCGGGACCCCAGACUCACACGAUGCUAAUAAGCUUCCCGGGACAGGUGAACUGUCCAUGACGUUUCUACCGCAUGGUCUCGCACAGAUGUUUUUAUCGCGAUAUCUUUCGGGUCUUUAUCACAUGAUGCCUCAUCGCCCCAAGAGCUGCUAUGAGCAGUGCUUGACUCAGCUCUAUGAUCCGUGCUCGACUAAUCAUCUGGACACCUUCAGCCAGGCCAUUGUGCUCCUCGCUAUGGCAGUCGCAGCACUUGGUACUGAUCACUUUGCUUGGGGUGAUGUGUUGUUUGAACGCGUCAAGGCUUCCAUGAGUGCGUUUGAUGACGUGGCUUUAUCGGCUGGUUUGCACAAAGAUGUAACCCACGGAGUUGAUCAAACCUCGGAAGAUAUCGAAGAGCGACGGGAUGUCGCGAUUGAGUACGCAAAGGAUCCGUUCAUCUAUCUAUUGGCACGACUUUGUAAAACGAUCACGCGCUCAAACGAAGAGAUAUACGGUCAACGGCAUGAAUCUUUGUUGCACAUGUGGAAAGUCGCCAGAUCGAUUAAUGAAGAUCUCCGUGGCCACGAAGCUUUAUUGCAACGAUCAUUUGGGUUUGGCCUUGAUGCUAAAAUCCAGGAAGGAUCGCUUGGUAUUCGACAAACAAUCUUCACUACUUUGUAUAAUCAUACCCUUCUGCUCACAUUUCGACCUUUCCUUAUCUUCCGCGGUCACUGGCAACGGGAUAGAAAGAUGAACCUUGACAAGCUCGGCACCAACGCCCCUAAUCGCCCGAGAGAGACUCCAUCGUGGUUAAAUGAAGCUUGCAAUCACGCCACCACGGCAGCUCAAAAGACAUUACAACAUCUAUGUGAAGCUUCUAGAGCCAGCGACUUGGUCCGGCAAUUGCGGUAUCAUGGAUACUUUCUGGGAAGCUCAACCUUUACCUUAAUCUACGAGUUCCUUCAUGAUGCAAAUCUAGCCCCUGUUUAUCUACCCUGGGUGUAUGCGUCGUUGCAAACAUUGGCAACUAUGCGGGCAGGCGACCCGAUAGCAAGCACAAUCUCAGCUAUCCAGACUGUGCUACGCAAUUUGAAUCCAUUGUAUGAAUGGUCGCCUUAUACAACCACAAAUUCAAGGCAACUGGGGCAACCCGAAGGCACAGGCAUGCAGCAAGGCUCCGCGUCUAAGUAUACCCAAAAGCCAGUUCCAAAUAACUCUGCUCUCUCCCAAAAUCCGUUAAUGGGAAUCCAGUCUGACCUACCAACAUCUCCUUGGAACCUGCCCCAAGUGGAAUCUCUCCAAAUGCCAGAGACUGGAGGCUCGGUUGGAUCUGCCGAGGACCUGCUUGAUUUCACGCAGUCUGACAUGGGUUGGGACUUCGACUUUUCCACGAUGGACCUCGAAUCGUUCUUUUCAGUUUAUCCAUAA